AUGCGGCCAAAAUACGUUGAAAUUGUAAAUGAUAACCCCGGCCAUCCCAAUCUUCCGUACCGCCUAUUCUUGUACAUAGAAGCUACAAAUGAGAUCAAUUUGCAAAAUGAAAACCUAAACCAGUCGCGUUUCGACAUAAAGUUUGACUAUUUUUGCAUUGAUUUUGCCGAGGAGCUCAGUGCCUUUUCGGGGCAAAUUCUCGAGCGUCAAGUAGAGUAUUUGACAGAAAUCGUCAAAUUUCUUUCUGGCCUCUACUCUUCCAUUGGAAAUAAGCAAGAAAUCAUUCUUAUUGGACACUCCAUGGGCGGAAUAGUUGCUAAAGGUGCUGUUUAUAUGGAUCAUCAACUCUUGGCCCACGCCGAUGUACCGUCGGCAGUGAAAAUGGUAAUCACUCUCAAUACUCCGCACGCACGUUGCUUGGGAGCUCUUGACCGCAAGUUUGAGGAUCUUUUUUCCAAAAUACAUCAAAGCCACCUUUCAAAGAUUGUUCGCAUCCCAAAUGGCGAUGCUGGCGCGAAUGUCGUUCCUCCGCUGAUUUCGUUCUCUCCAGGCACUAGAGACAUUAUUGUCCCUUCUGAGCUAUCAAUCGUUGAGGAAAGCGAUCUGCAAUUUACUCUGAAUGUGAUGACCUCCGAAAUGCCGCUGGUUUGGGCAUCGAUGGAACAUCAAAUGUCGGUUUGGAAUUUCCCCUUCAUAAAGGCUGUUCACAUUGGGCUCAUUUUUGGCCUUCAAAACGAAAAAUUGAGAAACAGAAAAAAUCCCAGCCUAUCUUCAAAGGCGUUAUUAUCGGACCUAUCAACAUAUUGGAAAAGUGGCAAUAUCAUCGACGACGAACCCGAUGUUUCGAACAUUCCAGCCAGGGAAGUAUCAUAUUCAAGCACCAAAUCGGGUCGGGAUGAUAUCUAUUAUCAGGAGAUCCUUUUGCCUGCAAAUGGGGACAUUUAUUUGGACCAUAAUGACUUGGCAGGGCUCAUCGGAAACAAUCGACAUUUUGCGCUUAUCUUAAAAAGUGCCUCAUCAAGUGCAGCCCAAUUUUCGACGAGCUUACAGCCCGUUAAAGAUCAUAUCAUUAUUGAAAAUAUCACGUCAAUUGAGGUGGAAAACGGAAAAUUACGAGCAGUAUCUGGGCUCAUGGGCCCACAUAUGAAUCUUCCAGAGUCUUUUUACCCCGCUGGUUCGAAAUCUUUUUGUCUCAAUUCGGUAUAUUCAUCCAUUAACAUCCCGUUCCAUUCGCAAUUGAAAAGGGAUAUUAUCUUGCCUGCGAUGAUAAUCAUUCUGCCUUUCAGGGCAACAUCCUUGGAUCAAAGCUACAUGUUUCUGCCCCCGAGUCAUUCGGUUUUCGAAUCUUUUUCUCCAUUUGUUAAUUUUUCAGGUAGCAACUCGUAUUUAGAUUCCAUGGUCCAUUCGGAAGAGACUCAAUUUUUGUCUUCCAAGCUAAACUACCACCAAAAGUCCCGCUUUUCAAGUUUAUUGUCUUGGGCCUCUUCGCCGUCAUCUUAUAUUUCCAUCAUUAGCAAUAAGAAAUCCUUGCCUGUGGACCCGAGCGCUGCAAAACUCUCGGUAAAGCUAUCGUUUGGGCUUUUGGAUUAUUUUUUUGCAUAUUUCCUUAAUUAUGAUGCCAUAAGCGUUGCUAGCUCAUCUUGUUCAAUGUCACAAAUCAAAAUCUCAAUACUUAACUUGAGGCCAAAGUAUCAAGUUCUUCGCCUUACCGUGUUUCUUAGAGCCAAAUCAGAUGUGAUCGCCAAUUCACCACCCAAUGCUAUCCAGGCUUUCUUCCAUUCGCAAGUUGAAAAGAAAUAUUUAGAUAUUAAGCCAGAAUCGGUCGUUACAAGGGGCGGAUCAAAUACCUACCGCUUUUCGCAUUUAAUUUCAUUGCAAGAUGCCAAGCCCGGGGCUCCUCUUGAUCCCCUAAUCAUUAAGAUGCUAAUUGAUCCACGAUACGAAGUCCACGAAUCGAUCCUGUUUACUCCGGAAAAGCUUUUGGGGAUUUCUCUGGCUUUCAAAUGGUAUUUUCCGUGGAUAAUGUAUUUCUAUCCCGUCAUAUUUUGCCUCUUUGCUGUUUCGCUACAGGCCUCUGCUAAUAGCAAGCUUCCGGAUGUUUCUGCAUUUUCAAAUGAAUAUUAUUCCAUCAAGUCUGGAGUAUCUAUUGAUGCUGAUGUCUCUUUAUUUUACGGUGUCCUUUUUGUCGAUCACCGAGAUCACGAUGGAACUGGUCUGUGUGGUGUUUGA